AUGUCGCUAACAUUGAAAUUAUCGUCUCUCGCGAUUCGCACUCUAUCAAAACCAAUUGCGAACCAAAUCAAGGCACAAGCUCGUGAACAUGAACGUUUUCGGAAAAUCUGCGUAUCAAUGGCGCAAGCCCUCCAUCGAUUCGAUAUGCGCCUGCGAUUAGGAAAUAUACGUGACACGAGCGCGGUUCGAAAACAGGUCCAAGCAGAGGCUGAGUUCAAGAAGCACAUUCCGACCUCCCCAACGGUCAAAACCGAGGCUGCCACCAAGGCUGAAGAGGAGGCUCAGGCCAAAGCCAAAGCCGCUGCAGAGGAAGCGGCGAAACCGGCACAUUACCGAAUUCGACCGUUGUCCGAAUCCAAAGCCAUCGAGUCGGGCGCAAACUUCAUCAGUGAAUCCUUCCUCUUCCUUGUGGCGGGCGGUCUGAUCGUUUUCGAGUCGUGGCGCUCACGUCGCAAGGAAAGCACUCGUCGAGAAGGCGUCGAGGAUCGCUUGACGGAACUUGAACAAUCAGAAAGGGUUGCCAAGGAGGCUUUGGUCGCGUUGGAGAAAGAGCUACUGUCCCUCAAGAUGAAGCAUGGCGAGGUAUCAAAGGCUACACACAUCCUGCCUCGCGAAGUCUGGGAGGUUGUUCCAGAGGCAGACGAACCCGUGGUUUCAGAAGCGUGGUGGACGCGCAUUGUCUCUUUGAAUCCUUUCACCAACAGUUCUGCGACCGCCAAGACAGAUGCGGAGUCAUCACAGAAGCAACCCGUGCCUGAGAAGCAAAUCUCGCCCGUCGGAGUCGCUCACGGAGGCAAAUCAUAA